AUGACCCUUUCCCAGGAUUACGAAGAAGUGCAGCGCACCCCCGUCUCUUCUGAAGACGAUGAAAUAGACAUCGUCGGAGGAGACCACAGCGAUAGCGACCGAGAGUAUUUCAUCAUGCCUUGCAGGGACCCCGCGGAGGCGGAUCACUCGGGGUCCGAGUCUUCAGGAGAGAGCGAGAGCAGCUUCUCCGCCGCGACCGCUCCAAAGCAGACCUCCGCCGUCAAACCUCCCUAUUCCUACAUCGCCCUCAUAACCAUGGCGAUCCUCCAGAGCCCGAUGAAGAAGCUGACCCUCAGCGGCAUCUGCGACUUCAUCAGCAACAAGUUCCCGUACUACAAGGAGAAAUUCCCCGCGUGGCAGAACUCCAUCAGGCACAACUUGUCACUCAACGACUGCUUCAUCAAGAUCCCACGAGAGCCUGGAAACCCGGGGAAAGGCAACUACUGGUCCCUGGACCCUGCAUCUGAGGACAUGUUUGACAACGGCAGCUUUCUGCGCAGAAGGAAAAGAUUUAAGAGGAACCAACCCGAGUUCACCAAAGACAACCUGGUGCUUUACCACCCAACGUUAAGUUAUCGAGCAUAUGGGCGACCUUACUGCGUCUCUGGGCCGGUUCCAGGCCAGGCUAAUCCUGUUGGAUAUUUGCCAGUGCCGGAUGGCAUCAUGGUGCCACCUCCAUAUUUCCAAUAUCAGACUCUCAACAUUAAGGUCCACGAAGCUCCAGAAAUCCAGCAAAGGCCUGAGCACAAGACCCAGAAGUGUUCGUUCAGCAUUGACAGCAUUAUGGCCAAGUCAACGGAGUCUCCUCACAAAAACUCUCCUCAUCAUCUCACACCUGACUACAGUUAUGUAUUUCCCAGGCCGACAUCAUGUGUGACUCCAAGUUUGUUACCAGUGCCAGCAAGGACUCCUCUGCUAAAGACUGUUCCUUUCACAGAAACUCUGCGGAUGGUGUAUCCGCACUGUUGA